AUGUCGGCAUCCGCUCCAGCGUCGCGACGACGGUCAGCCACUGCGAAGCUCGCCCGCCGCAAGCGCACCAUCAUCGCCUGCCAGUUCUGCCGAUUGCGCAAGACGAGAUGCGAUGGCAUCAAGCCCGUCUGCGGCUUCUGCCAGCACCACGAUGCCCAGUGCGUGUGGAGCACCGGUGCCGAGAACGCCGUCGGCUGCGAGAGCACGCCGGCUGAACGCGAGAUCCUGCAGCGCCUUGACGACAUCAAGGCGCUGCUUCACAGCCCCGGCCGACCUCCCCCACAGCUCGCCGCAGACCAGGGCUCACUAGACGUUUCCCCUUCGCACGAUUUCGCUCCCGCGAGCCCGGCCACUGUAUCGUCUCGGCCCAGCCAGUUACUGUCCGUCUGCCCAAGCGCGCCUCCGUAUGCCUCCACUAGGUGUGAAAGCAUCCUGCGCUGGCCCGUCUUCCACGGCGUCAUUGAGCCAUCCGUCGCCGCUAUCGAGUCGUUCGCUCUGGAGGCGAAUCUCGACUCCUACUCCUCUCAUCAUGCACCAUUUUCGCCAAGGGCGCGCAUGGCAGGACCCGGCGUUGAAGAACACCUCUUUGUGCCCCUAUGCCGAAAGUUCCUAGCUCACGUCCACCCGCGGAAUCCCAUCCUUGAGGGUGGCCAGCUGAUUCGUUAUGCCAAACGGGCUGUCGAGAAUGGUCUCGACUGGGACGGACCGUCCUGUCUCGUUCUCAUAGCGUGCGCUCUUGCUUGCUACACAUCUCCAUGGGAGCGGGAUGCGGCAGGCCCAUCUGAGUGGCACGAUUCUCUGCAAGACGCAGAUGUUGCUGCAGCAGAAGCAUACUAUCUAGCCGCCAAGAAGCGCAUUGGACUGCUGGGGUAUUCUGUCACCGACAUCCAAUGCCUGUUCUUCGCCUCGAUAUACGAAAAGUAUGCUCUCAGGCCGUUGCAAGCAUGGUUCUACAUUCAGCAAGCGUCGUCGAGAUUGCAGGCGCAUUUGAAGCGACAACGCAGGGUUAGCAUGCUGCAAGCGCAACAUUCUGAAGAAUCUCUAAAGUAUCAACUCGAGCAACGCGUAUUCUGGUCCAUUUUCAAGGCCGAAAACGAACUGCUACCCGAGCUCCCUUUCAAGUCCAGUGGCAUUGAAGAACUGGCGCGUUCGGAUUCCAUGUUCCCGUUACCACCGACCAUCUCAACAGAGCGAGAAGCUACUGAGCCGCCAUCCCCGAAUGAGCUGAACUCCUGGCAAGAAGAGAGAAGCUGGUUCUUCUACCUUGCCGAGAUUUCGCUCCGCCGAACCAUCAAUGACACCUUGUGGCUGCUAUACCGCAAGGGAGAGCAAUACUGGAUGACGCAUAUCGACUCUCUCGAAGAGCAGUACGAAGAAACCGAAAGACAGAUAUCGCUUUGGUACUCACAUCUUCCUCACUCCAUACGGUUCGAUCCGCUCGAUCAACCGGACAACGAAUUAGCCUUUUAUCUGCAGGGACGCUUCUAUGAAUGGCGACAUCACAUUCAGCGUCCUUUCCUGUACCACGCCCUGCACCGUCCGGAAACUCAUGCACUAAGUCCGCGGAUCCUGUCCUAUGCUCAGGAGUGCGUGUUUGCCUGUGCAAGCGGGAUCGUGUACUUCGAUCGCCACCACCGGCACGGUGGGACCUGGUCCGUGUGCCGGCAUACCUUCGCGUUUGCUCUCCUUAUUCUCGCGGUCGUCGCCAAGUCCGAUAGGGACCUUCUGCCCCCACCGAACUGGCCUUCUUCAAUCGAGACGGCUAUCUCCACGCUGCUGAAAUGGG